UGAGUGUGUAAAUGGUCACAUGUUGUUUCCCCCUCCCCAGUCCGGACAGCAGAACCAGAAGAAGCAGCAGCAGACAUGUGUUAUUUAUCGCUCAGCCGUGGGGGAAGCAAGAGGAGGACUGAAGCGUGAAAAAAAAAAAAAAAAAAAAACAACAACGAGAGAGAGAGAAGAAGAACUCGCGUCGCGUGUCCUCCCUUCGUCUUCUUCCUCCUAGCAAGUGUUUGAAGAGUAGAAUGGCGAGUCCGCCGAGCGACGCCGGACCCCAACUACCGGCCGCCGGCGUGAAAAAGUGCGGCUACCUGAGGAAGCACAAACACGGACACAAGCGAUAUUUCGUGCUCCGGGAGCCCGGCGAGGGCUGCCCUGCCCGGUUGGAGUACUACGAGAGUGAAAAGAAAUGGAGGAACAAGUCUGCCGCCAAGAGGGUCAUCCCGCUAGACUGCUGCCUGAACGUCAACAAACGAGCGGACGCCAAAUACAAAUAUCUCAUCGCGCUGUACACCAAGGACGAGUACUUUGCCGUGGCCGCCGAGAGCGAGGGUGAGCAGGAAGGCUGGUACCGGGUGCUGACGGAUUUAAUCGCGGACGGCAGAGUGUUCAACGGGUCGGCGUCAAACUCCGCGUCCUCGCUGGUGGGCUUCGACGAGGCGAGUUACGGGGUGAUCACGCCGGUCAGUGCCGCCUACAAGGAGGUAUGGCAGGUCAACAUGAAGUCCAAAGGCUUGGGGCAGAGCCGGAAUUUGACCGGCGUGUACAGACUCUGCCUAUCCAGUCGGACUAUCAGUUUCAUCAAACUCAACACGGAGGUGGCGUCGGUCAUUUUGCAGCUGAUGAACAUCCGGAGGUGCGGCCACUCUGACAGCUUCUUCUUCAUCGAGGUGGGUCGUUCGGCAGCCACUGGACCCGGCGAGCUCUGGAUGCAAGCCGACGAUUCUGUCGUCGCGCAGAACAUCCACGAAACCAUCCUGGAAGCCAUGAAAGCAAUGAAGGAGCUGUCGGAAUUCCGCCCCCGCAGCAAAAGCCAGUCAUCGGGCACCAACCCCAUCUCGGUGCCCACGAGGCGGUACCUGAACCACCUUCCUCCGAGCCAAACCGGUCUUAUGCGGAGGUCACGCACUGACAGCGUGGCGACGACCUCGCCUGUGGGGAAAUUCUCUUCCUGUCGGAUACGCACGGCGAGCGAGGGUGACGGAACCAUGACACGCCCUAUGUCGGUGAAUGGGAGCCCCCUCAGCCCUGGGGUUCACCGCACCCUGCUGAGUAGGUCUCACACCAUCACGGCACGCCCAUGUCGGACGUUUGAAUCCUCCUCCUUGCAGCACAGUAAGUCCAUGUCUAUGCCUCUGUCUCAUUCCCCGCCGAUGGCCGCCCCGAGUCUCGCCAGCCUGUCCUCGUGUCCGGAUAGCAGCGCCCCUCGUCCCUCCAGCUGUAGUGCCUCCUUUUCGGGCUCCCCGAGUGACGCCGGUUUCAUAUCGUGCGAAGAGUACGGCACGAGCCCCGCGGACACCCGGGACCUCCGGCUGCCGCUCACGUACGGUACCAACACCCCGGAGUCUCUCAGAGCGGACACUCCCCCUUCCCGGGAUGGCAGCAGGCUGGAUGGCUACAUGGUGAUGGAACAACAGAACCAGAACGGCUAUCGGUGGCUACCCGAGUUGGACAAGGCGUAUCGAAAGCGCACGUACUCUCUGACCACCCCCCGCCAGCAGAGGUGUCUCCCCCAAGUCUCUUCGGCCUCCCUCGACGAGUACACUCUAAUGAGGGCCACUUACACCAGCGGGAGCCAGUCUUCUCGCAGGUGUCUCUCAGCCUCCCCGAAAGGAACCUAUCCAGACGAGUACAGGGAUGUCCAGGUGGGCUCGAACUGUCUCCAGGGCGACAGCGGUUACAUGCCGAUGAUGCCAGGCGUGGCACCUCACACAUCAGGAGCGAAGAACGAUCCCUACAUGCCUAUGAGCCCCAUGUGUGUCUCGGCUCCGAAGCAGAUCAUCAACCCCCGAUCGCACCCUUCCACCGCAGCGGGGCCGGCCCCGCACACGGACUCCCCGGGCAGCGUUUCCCUCGAGGACAACGGCUACAUGCGCAUGUGGUGCGGAAUCAAAAUGUCAAUGGAGAGCAUCGACGGGAAGCUCACCAAUGGAGAGUACCUGAACAUGUCUCCCAUCGACCAUCUGUUGUCCUUCACACCCCGAGAGCACACUUCUAGUUCUUCCGGAGGAGAGCAACAACAGAGACAGCCUUACUCCUAUAGCACGCUGCCACAUUCGCUUAAAGGCCAAUUGCAGCGCACUGGGUCAGGUGACGCAGACCAGUAUGUGGUGAUGUGUUUGCAGACACAGCGGAUAGAGGAGGAGUCCAACAACUGUCCUGUGUCUUCGUUAGACUCUGUGACACCGGGCACCCCUUCAUCUGCCCCCACUCCUCCCAGAGGGGCUCGGAGUGACGGAGGCCUGGCGCACAGGAGUAGGGCGUGUCGCCCCACCCGCUUAGCUCUCGAUUCCCUCAGAACCUUACCAUGUAUGAGUGAACACCCGCUCCCCUCUGAGCCACGCAGCCCCGGGGAGUAUAUCAACUUCGAUUUCAACAGCACUUCCAGUGACACGGUGGCACCGGCCGACGGCUCGAAAUGCGCAGAAAAGGGAUCUCCACCACUCUCCGACUAUGUUAAUGUGAAUCUUGCCUCACCUAAAACUGUGGUUUCCCCCCCUGGAGGAAGUUUUGGCCAGCAGGAGGAAGGCAAAGGGACAGAGGGAGAGGCAGAGGUGAGAGGGUUAGUGGAUGAAUAUCCUCUCCAGCAUCACUUGAUUCAGGCAGCUGCAGUCAAGGAUGACUACACCGAGAUGACGUUUGAUCCUCUCGGUGCUGCCGAUGCUGCCCCUCUCCCCACCAGCCCCACCGCAUGCGUUCAGAGACUGAGUCUUGAUAGCAGCCUUGUGUCAGACGAGGUACCAGCGGCGGCAGUGGAUUCUUUUCUCCUUGGGGGACCCUCGCUGAAUGUCCCCGUUGCAGAUCCACAUAGGGGGGCCAAAGUCAUUCGCGCCGACCCUCAAGGACGCCGGCGACACAGUUCCGAGACCUUCUCUUCGACCACCACCGUCACACCUGUGUGCCCGUCCUUUGCCCACGACACCAAGCGCCACAGCUCGGCCUCGGUGGAGAACGUAUCCCACGGCGUGCGGGGCUCGGAGGGACCCGACGAGGACUACGGCAGCAGCACCCCCAUGUGCAGGGAGACGUCUGCGGGCUAUCAGAAUGGACUCAACUACAUUGCCUUAAACUUGAUGGAGGGAACCCUCGGAGGGUGCCGCUUAGGGGGCUGCGAGGGACUCCUGAGAUUCAAGAGCGCUUGUGGAUGCAAGGGUGGCAUGAAUGGCUUCAACUCCAGCCCCUACGCCAGCCUCGGAUUCAAGGAGACGACUGCCGCCGCUGUGAAAGAAUGAACACCACUGGCUCAGAACCAACCGCUGGCGCCCGCAUCUUCUCGGACCCCCCGGGGCCAUCUCCGCGAGGUCACCGAGACGGCAGUCGCCACGGCAACACAGACACUUGACCUUUUGCCCCCGAAUCUUCCCCCGGCACCAAAACGAUUAGGCGCCAUCCAUUGAUGCUGCUGGACUGGAUGACUUUAAAAAAAAAAGUAAAAAAAGAACAAAAAAAAAAAGUUUUGUACCACUAUUAACUCGGUAACUAUUUUAUUUAUCUGCAAAAUGACUAUGAGUUGCUGUUUCAUGUCAGAUAGAUAUUAUUUUGGUUACUAUUAAUAAUAGUUUAAACUGGUUGCCUGACCUGAAAAGACACAAACCAAACUUGGAGAUCACAUGCACACACGAGAAAAAAAUGCAUACAAAAUAUUUAUUUAUUUAACACGGAUAUAUGCAUUUGUUGAAAGGUUUUCCAAAUGUGUGAAUUUCUAGAAAUAAUAACAAUGGCAUUUAGGUAGAUAUUUAAAAAAAAAAAAAAAUAACAUGAAAAGUUUGCUUAAAAAAAAAACCUACCUCAGUAAAACAAACAAAAACAGGUUGGUUAAACACCCCCAUAGUUGAUAUAAAUAUAUAAAAUAUUUAUUUUCAGAUUUUUAAUUUUACUUUUAAAAGAAAGGUAUCACCAAUCCAAAGCCUUACUCCGGCCCCGAACGGGCCGUUUAGUCUGGACCUAGCACCACUUGGCAACCAAACCGACCCGCAAACAAUGAGCCACUCUGAGAUUUCCACGGUACAUUUACGACGACAUGAUGUAUGAAAGAUUUCUAUAUUUAUUCGCCAGGCGGGAGGCGGGAGGGAUUUUUCUCCCCCUUGCUAUUUUGGAAACGCGAUGAUGUUGCACUCAAAACAGCACAUCACCAACCAGGUGGACCCCGUGGCCCGUCUGAGGCGGUCUUGGCACCUCCAAAAAUUUUGGACCUGUUCACCUGUGGGCCCCCGCCCACCCAAUCGCGCCGCCUGUCAUGACAAAAACGAAUGUUUGAAGUUCUUUACACGUCUUAACUAGGGAUGGGCGAAGUGAUUUUGGUUGGAAUUGGGAAUUUGGUUGAUUGUGAGUAAUUCUUCUUGAAUUAUUUUGGAGGUGGGGGGGGAGGGUGAAAAUAGAGUGCGCUACUUGGCUGCGCCCAGCAGGGGCACUGUUGAGUUGCUCAAGUUCUUUGCAGCGCAAAGAACCCCCCCAGUUGACUUCUUCAGGCAGCAUUCAUCUGCUCAAUAUGACACUGGGGUGAUUCAGAUUCUUCUAUCGCAACAUAAAUAAUAAAAGGACGAAUGAAAAAUCCUAAAGCUGCAGUUGAAUUAUGACUCAGAAAUUGAUUAGUUAUCAUCAUUUUAUGACUAUUACAACUUUAUUCAUACAAAACAUUGUUCUUCAGCAUUUGUUUACAACACAAAGAAAAAUCUGCAGAUUUUUUGGUUUGUUUGAAUGUCAUAUUUGUCUUAUGUUAGAAAAUCUUAUGCAUUUUAAAAAGAUUUUUUAAUUUUUGUAGCUUUGGAAAAGGGCUAAUAUCGGGCAAAAAAAUCUGAACAGUCCUAAUUAUUAUUAACUCAUUUGAAUCAAUGUUGGCCAAAUUACAUUUAAUUCUCGUGACCUUUGUGUCAGACAUUCAUAAUCACAUCAAUCUCAUAAUGGUAUUUUUUUCCCCCCUCCUUUUCAGAGGGGAGUCAUUUAACAAUCGAUGAAUUGAUUGUUUUGUUUUCUCUGCAGUCGAUCAAUGAAAUGUAAUCAAACGCCCAUCCCUGGUCUUAACUGGACGGUGCGCACACUCACACACGGACACACGCACACGGACACACACACACACACACACCUGUUGCCUCAUGGCGGCGCUGAGCCACGUGGUCAAUUUUGGCGGCCGCCGUUUCCCGCACUUCCGAACUUGCGUAGAUUGUAACGAGACAGGACGCGUUGAAUGUAGUCCACGCUGCGUUCCAAGGGUGGGAACGCACAAAUCCCUGCCAACAACCACCACAGUGAAAACCCAACUAGUCAAAGCGACAACUACUACUACAACUACUACUACUACUACUACUACUAGUACUACUAAUGACAACACACCGGGACAAGCGUCAUUGCUGUUUAUCUGGAUUCACUGGUACUUAAAGUCUGUAAAUAGUGUGAAGUUACGACCGUAAACAACUUUUAAGUUAAAUAUGUUUUCAACAUGUACAUAGUUUGUGUUGGUGUGAAAAAAACAAAAAACAAAAACAAAAACAAAAGCACUAAUUAAGUUAUAUGCUUACCAGUUCUGGUUUGGCUUUGAUUUUUAUUAUUUUUUUUUUCCUCUUCAAAUAAUUUAAUAUCUGAUGGGAUAGUAUUGUGAAAGACGAUGCCACAAUUUUUUUUUAAUGCUGUAACCCUGCCAAUUUUACGAGAAAUUCAUACUUGACCUAAUUGAUUCUUGAUACGUAGGUACAAAUGGCAAUUAUGCAAUAUUUACACUUUUGAAAAGGCGUUUACUUACUAAGAUGUACCAAAUGUACAAAUACUGUCUAUACUGUUUAUUAAACCUUGAAAUGAUUUUUUUGUUUGUUGCAGUUUGUACACGUUUUUCCUUCAAAUUAGAAAUGUUGCUAAUGGAGCCCAUUUGGUGUUUCAGCAGUGUUUUGGAUUUGGUUCAUGUUAUCUUUAUUGAAACAUCGAAAGGUUACUGCUGGGGGGGCCCCAGCGUACUUUGCUGUGUGCCCCCCCACCCCCCACUGUAAAUACUUCACAACUUGCAUAUUAUUGUGAUGCGACUAAAAGAUGAUAAUUUAAACUUACGUCUUCGCUUUAGAUUGUAUUGAUUCUUUGUAGAAACAUGGAAUAAAUAUUUAAGAAAAAAAAAUCCUGCUCCUGGUUAUUUUACUUUUAUUUUUUC